AUGAAUUGGGUCAGAGUCAGCACCCGAUACCACAGCACAGUGCCGACUCAACAACAGGGCCGAAGAGCGCCGUCAUCUGCGGCCGCCUCACAAUCGACUGCACAAAAUGUAGGCAAUAGGAGAGGCAGUCAACCGUCGGCGGGUCCACAACCGAGUCAAUCGCGAGGAGGACCGCAAUCGCAACCGGCAUCCGAUGAUGAGGACGAAGACAAAGACACCGACUCUAACGGUGAGGUUCGGUUCGUGUGCCCCAAAGCGGACGGUCUAUUUCCGGACCCAAACAGUUGCCGCAAAUUCAUGCUCUGCGGGUCGUGGAAGGCGUGGUCGCAGACGUGUCCGCCCAGUCUCUACUUCGACGGCAAACUCAAGUACUGUACGUUCAAAACACCGCAACUCACGUGCGGACCCGUCAGCGAAGAGGAGACCCGCAAAGAAGAACUGGAGAGGAAUCAGGACAAACUGCUCACUUGUGACACAACCCAAUGCCAACUUCCCAAUUGCUUUUGUUCAGAAGAGGGCACUUCUAUACCCGGUGGUCUAAACGCCAACGAAACGCCGCAAAUGGUUUUAGUCAACUUCAGCGGUGCUCUCAAUGAACUAGUGUUUGAACUCUACAAAAAAGUUUUGGGAUACACUAAUAAGUUUGGCGCCAAUCAGAAUAGACAUAACCCGAACGGGUGUGGAAUCAAAGCCACAUUCUUCAUAAACCACGAGUACUCCAAUUACGCCCAAAUCCAGUGGUUGGCGGCUCAGGGGCACGAAAUUGCCAUGCAUUCAAUCACCCAUCGUUUGCCGGAAAUCUGGUGGACAGACAAUGCAAACUAUAGCGAUUGGGCCGAAGAGAUGAUCGGCAUUCGGGAAAUUAUUUUGGCCAACUCUGGCUCCUCUUCUGUUCCGGCGGUCAGUCGCGAGACUUUAGUGGGAAUGAGAGCGCCGUAUAUUAAACCAGGUGGAGACCCUAUGUUCGAGAUGGCCAGCGAUUUUGGUCUACUAUACGACUCUAGUGUUGUGGCCCCGAAGGGUACGCCACCCUUUUGGCCCUUCACUUGGGAUUAUAGGCAACCAUUUGAUUGUCACAACAAUAAGAAAUCCUCCGAAGAGAAGAAGGCCGUCGACGGCGACGAUAUUCUCGGCCGUCAGAGCAGAGGUCGACAGAAGAGGAGCGCAAAAAAGCCAAAGAAUCAAAAGAAGACAACGUUUGCCGAUAAGAAGACAAACGAUAAGACCGUCGAUAGGAAACAGAGGGUUCGCCGAAACUCACCAUUUUUGGGGCGACCGCUGAAAUGCCCGACCAAAGCAUAUCCCGGUCUUUGGGAGAUCCCUGUAAACCCGCUGUGGAAUGAAUACAAUACAUGCUAUCACGCGGAU